CGAGCGCACUAGGCUAAUUCUUUGACAAACAUGUGUGGAUCAUGGCGACAGGUCGGUUUGUGUUUUCAACAAAGGAUAACCCCGAUUUUAUAUUGGUCUGAUGUGAAUAUACCUUUAGUUAAUAAUUCGAAGAUACUUCGUAGCACAGUAUGCUAUGCAUCAACGUUUCGUUCGUACCCACAUGUAGGCCAAGAUUUCAAUAAUGCUAGGCCUAGGCCUAGUAAGGCUUGUUGUAAAGCGGGACGGCGGUCACAAAAAGGCAGGCGACUUCACACUUCACCUUAUUCGAGUUUUGGCUUAGCGUCACCGAUAAAUGCACAGCGAUUAGAAAUAAGUUAUUCAGUUACAAAUAGUCAAGUUGUACCACACUUGUGUUUGUAUAAUAAUCACAAAUCGACACGACAUUUAUGUGGACAAAUUUCAAGCUCAUCAAGACCAUUUUCAAACUACACAUCUUUGAGCAGUAUUUUCAGUUGGAAAGGGGAUCAGGAUGGAAUGGGAGGAGCCGACGGGAAAAGUGGUAAUAACGAGGGUAGUAGUAGUAGUGACCCAGGUGAUGGAGACGGCAAAGAUGAUGGAAGUGACAGUGAAGAUCAGCCACCAAUUGAGGAUCAAGGAGGACCAUCACCAUAUACUGGGCCAGCUGCACCAUCGAUGAUGUCGUUAACGCCAGUGACUGUUCCAGAUGAGCUGUCACCUAUACCUGUAAUAGCAGUUACUAGGAAUCCAGUGUUCCCGAAAUUUGUAAAAAUGGUUGAAGUAUCAAAUAAACCAUUAAUGGACUUAAUACGAAGAAAAUUUAAAUUGAAUCAACCAUAUGCAGGUGUGUUUCUCCGCAAAGAAGACAGUGAGGAGGAGGGUGAAGUAGUAGAGAGCCUUGACGGCAUUUAUCGUGUAGGGACAUUUGUCCAAGUCCACGAGAUGCAGGACCUUGGAAAUAAACUGAGAAUGAUUGUGACUGGUCAUAGAAGAAUUAAUAUAUCUGGCUUAGUUGACAAUUCGGAGAUUGAAGAGGAGAAAACUGAUCCGGAGAAGGAGAUGGAAAAAGAACAAGAUACAGAGAAGACAGUCAGCGAAAAUGCAGUAAAAGGCGUUUUGAUGGUAGAUGUGGAGAAUAUAACUCAUCAGCCAUUCAAAAUGAAUGAAGAAAUUAAGGCUUUAACAGCUGAAGUGGUAAAAACCAUUCGAGAUAUAAUUGCUCUCAAUCCAUUGUACAGAGAGUCAGUUGCACAGAUGAUUCAAGCAGGGCAACGGGUGAUUGACAACCCUGUUUACAUCAGUGAUCUUGGUGCGGCAUUAACAGGGGCAGACUCCAAUGAGUUACAAGAAGUACUGGAGGAGAUGGAUAUACCAAAGCGUCUAAUGCUGGCCCUUAGUUUACUGAAAAAAGAAUAUGAGUUGAGCAAGUUGCAACAGAGGCUUGGAAAGGAGGUGGAAGAUAAAGUGAAAGCAACUCAUCGGAAGUACAUGCUUCAAGAACAGUUAAAAAUCAUUAAGAAAGAGCUAGGCCUAGAAAAAGAAGACAAAGACGCAAUUGAAGAAAAGUUUAAAGACAGAUUAAAGGGGAAAAAUGUUCCCAAAGCUGUUAUGGAUGUCAUUGACGAAGAGAUGAAUAAAUUGUCUUUCUUGGAUAACCACUCGUCAGAAUUUAGUGUUACCAGAAACUAUCUUGAUUGGUUGACUACCUUACCAUGGGGUGUGUUCAGUGAUGAGAACUUAGAUAUUAAGAAGGCACGCCAGGUUCUGGAAAAUGAUCACUAUGGAAUGGAAGAUGUUAAAACUAGGAUUUUGGAGUUUAUUGCUGUCAGUGAACUGAAGGGGUCAACGCAGGGCAAGAUAUUAUGUUUUUACGGUCCACCUGGGGUUGGUAAAACAAGUAUUGCACGGUCCAUCGCAAGAGCAUUAAAUAGAGAGUAUUUUCGAUUCAGUGUGGGUGGCAUGACUGAUGUUGCUGAAAUUAAAGGUCAUAGGCGAACAUAUGUUGGAGCGAUGCCAGGAAAAAUUAUCCAAUGUUUAAAAAAGGUGAAAACUGAAAAUCCCUUGAUAUUAAUUGAUGAGGUAGACAAGAUGGGAAGGGGAUACCAAGGAGACCCAUCAUCUGCACUGCUGGAGCUGUUGGACCCUGAACAAAAUGCAAAUUUCCUUGACCACUACCUUGAUGUACCCGUUGACCUUUCAAAGGUGCUUUUUAUUUGUACUGCAAAUGUUAUUGACACGAUUCCAGACCCAUUGAGAGAUCGGAUGGAGAUGAUCGAUGUGUCUGGCUACGUCGCUGAAGAAAAAGUUUCUAUUGCAGAGAAAUAUCUACUACCACAAGUAAGAGAUCAAACUGGUAUUAAAGAAGAAGAAGUGAACGUCUCAACGGAAGCUCUAAAUGUUUUAAUUAAAGAAUAUUGCCGUGAAAGUGGAGUACGUCAUUUACAGAAACAGAUUGAAAAGAUAUUUAGAAAAGCAGCAUUUAAGAUUGUAAAUGAUGGCAAGAGUAACCUUGUCAUUGCUAAGGAUAAUUUGCAGGACUUUGUUGGAAAACCAAUUUUCACAAGUGAUAAAAUGUUUGACAAAACACCAGUUGGAGUUGUCAUGGGCCUCGCAUGGACAUCAAUGGGUGGAUCUACACUUUAUAUUGAAACAAUAACAAAACGCUUAGAAGACCAGGACAAUUCUGAGAGCAUGGGCUCAAUGGAGCUUACUGGCAAUUUAGGGGAUGUGAUGAAAGAAAGUGCUCAUAUCGCAUACACAUUUGCUAAAGCGUUUUUACAAACCAAGGAACCAGGGAACAGAGUUCUUCAACAGUCUCAUAUUCAUGUACACGUACCAGAGGGUGCAACUCCAAAAGAUGGUCCAAGUGCUGGGUGCACGAUAGUAACAGCUCUUCUCUCGUUAGCAAAACGAAAACCAAUCCGACAGAACGUUGCAAUGACUGGGGAAGUAUCGUUAACGGGCAAGGUGUUACCAGUUGGAGGUAUUAAAGAGAAAACAAUUGCUGCCAAACGUAGUGAGGUGGACUGUAUCAUUUUGCCAGCCGGAAACCGCAAGGAUUAUUCUGAUCUACAGAGUUUCAUCACUGACGGACUCGAAGUUCACUUUGUAGACAAUUAUAAAGAUAUUUAUAACAUAGUUUUUAGUUGAAACACAUUAGGUAAUGCUGUAAAUUAUAAUAAUAAAGAUUUGGCAUUAUUAUGCUGAUUUUAAAGAACUUCUAACAAUGUCCAUUGAUUUACAAUAGAUAUUAAGACGAGUGAUACUAAUUAUUGGUCAUUGUUGUUAUUUUUAUUUUGUUAAUUUUAAUAUAAUCACUUAGCCUGACGAAGUCAUGUUGAUAGUUCACAUCAAAUUGUUCUUGGUUUAUUAACGAUGAAAUAGUAAUAAGCAAAUAUUCAAAUAUUAGUUAAUAUAAGCAGUUGGGUCAGAUAUGCAUGUAUAUAAAAGUGAUGAUUGUGUAUAUGUAUGAAAAAUAGGGACAACUGAAAUUUAUGAUGCCUCACGAUAUAUAGACUAUAUAGAUAUAUAGAUUUAGGGGGUGAAUGGGGUGGCUUCUUUCAAGGCUAGAUGCGCCAUGGUGAAAACAUGAUGCAGACCUGUCUACUUUUAUUGUCUGUUUUCUCACAUGUAAAAAAUCAGACAGAAUAAUUCUUGACAAUAACAAUGAAUGGAAAGGGAAAGCGUGGCGCACAGAGAGACAGGAAUUACAGGACUUUGUUUAUUAUUCAUUAUAUUCCAUUUUUGUAGAAAUCAUUAAACUGUUGGUGCAUCAUUAAUUAUAUUCAUUCAGAUCGACUUCUAAAAAUAAUUACAUUUUUAAAAUUUGGUUUUAAAAUCAUGUUUUAUAUCAUCAGAGCGUACAUUCAAUUUUUAGUUUACAUAAUACUGUAGAUGUAGGUUGAUAACUUAUACAUUAAAAGUAACAAUAUCCUUUUUUCCUCUGUUUGAAAACAUUUUUGAAAUAUUAAUUUCUAAUAUAGAUUCAAACUAUUGGUGUUGCAUUUAAAUCCAGUUUCAACAUGCAUUUUAUUUAAUUUUUAGUUUUCAGAAUAAAUGGAGAUAUCAUUUAUGUGAAGGUGGAUUAGAUGUUUUCUUUACUGUUUUAUACAGUUAUGUUAUAGGGCUAAAUGCAGAAAUUCAACAUAAAUCGAAGUCAAGAUGUGCUUUAGACAUUGAUAGUGUAUUAGGCCAAAAAAAAAAGUUGUGUUACCCUCCGCGACCAACCAAAAUUUUCCAAAAAAUUAGCUCGACAUUUUUUUAUUUUUUUUAUUUUGGUGAUCCGCUUCACAAGCGGAUCACCUCUUGUUAAUGUCAGAGAUCAUCUCCUUUUUAUUCUUCUUUCUUUCUCCCCAUUUUUGUGUGCACGACAUCUCAAAUUUCCCGCGAGCUACGCACAAUCGCGCUUCAACGAACAUUUGGCUUAACUUAGAAUAGUCGCAGGCUACGUUCAGACUUGGAGAUAAGCCAGGCUUACGUCAUUUUUUUACUCGAAGUCAACGCAGCGAUUAAAGCCUGGCUUAGAAAAGUACACAGUGGCACGCCAGGCCUAGUUACCAUAGGAACACAGCCCGGCUUGAGAUAAGCCAGCUAGUUCAGACUGGCACAUGGAUAAACCCGGUAAGUUGAGCCGGGUUUAUCCACAUAUUCUGAACUAGGCCACAAUAAGGUUUUCAAUGUGCUCAGUCAUGCGUGACGUCAUCUACGCGGAAUUUUGCGUUUUUUUACAUUAUCGAUCAUAUCAUCCUAACCAAUUAUCAUUUCUCAGUCAUAUUAGGUAGGCAUAAACUUUAGGUAAGAAAUUAAGAAAUUUCAUGGGUGUUACAAAUCCUAAUUUGAUGUUUAUUUUCCCUGUCAAUGAGCCAGAAGUAGGCCUAUAUAAUAUUCUUCACAACCUUAGGUCUAAAAAGAGUCCAGGGUUCGACGACGUGCCAAAGGAUCUCCUAAAAAAUAUCGCAUUUGAAGUUACUUCACCUCAAAUAUUAAAAUCGCAAAGGUGAUUCCAGUGAACAAAAAUUAUCGCCCCAUAUCUCUUCUGACAGUUUUCUCUAAAUUCUCGAAAGAAUAAUGUAUUCACGUACGCUUGCCUUUUGAAACACGUAUUGUAUUCUCACCAACUCGCAAUUUGGAUUUCAAGAAAAAGCAUUCUACCACGCACGCCGUUCUUGACGCUGUUGGAAACAUCUUGGGGCCGCUUCUCUUUAUUGUCUAUAUUAACGAUCUUGUUAGAUGUUCCAAUGUCUCUUCCUUUACUAUUUUUGCUGAUGAUUCAAUAUUUUUUGUUUUUGAUAAUAAUGUUCACAAUUUGUUUGCGCUGCAAACAGUGAACUUCUAAAAAUUAUGGAAUGGACCCAUGCCAAUCGCCUCUCAUUAAACACGAGCAAAUCAAAUUAUAUGUUUUUCAGCAAUACUAUCAAGGACGUCCCUGUCCCGAUUUUGCUGAAUGGGAAUGAAAUUUCUAGGGUUCCAGCUACCAAAUUCUUAGGAAUUUAUAUGGAUGAGCAAUUGGUAUGGGACGUACAUAUGUACAAUUGUGCAUAUGUGCUUUAUAACUCUCUCGUUCUACCAUAUUUAAAUUAUGGUAUUCUUGCACGGGGGAAAGCCAGUGUCGUUCAUAUUAACAGAGGCCAUGUGAUAAAAAAAGAGGGCGGUUAGAUGCACUUGCAACGCAAAAUGGCUGGCUCACGCUACACCACUUUUCCUAUCCAGACUAACUAAAAGACAAAACAUUGUCUUUCACUAUGGACCGAAGUACUAGCUGGCUUUUUUUGCCUAAAUCAAUUAAAUCUGCUACUCACCUCAACCAAUUCAAAACUAAGCUAAAAAAUCAAAUGAUCAAAAAAUAUCGUUGUGUAUAAGUUAAUAAUAAUAUUAUUAUUAUUAAUAAAUAAAUAAUUAAAUAAUAGCAAAUAUGUUAGAUUAUAGAUGCGUUUCAUGACAACUGGGCCCAAAGCACUCCUCAUUCCAUUCAUCUGUUUAAUUUGUACCGUUCUUCCCGGCUUGGCUUGCUUGCUUUGUUUUGUGCUUUGUUUGCUUGUUCUUCACUAAUUUCUGAAGGUGGUGGUGAUUUUUUUUUAAAAUUUAAUUCUCUUAUUUAAGAUUAGUUUUAUUAUUUAAGAUUACAGUAAUUUAAUAUUUAAGAUUAGUCCGGGAGCCUAAUUACAGGUCUUGGCCUCCUUGGUUCCCGGCACUUGUUUGUACGGUAUUAGUUCAGAAACAAGUGAAUAAAGUGAAAUUAUAUUGAAACUGUUAAGGAUGCAAUAAGCUUAUCAAAGAACGAUAAAUCACCUGGGGAAGAUAACAUCACAAAUGAAAUGGUGGACGAAUUAUGGAAGACUGAGCUCAUUUUCAGAUCUGUUCAAAAGAAUUAUAUUUUUCGAAAAUCGUCCCAAUGACUGGAAUUUCGAUUGUACAUUAUCUCUCUUACAUUUUGUGUAUCAAAAUUAUUCAAUAGAGUAAUAGCAAUGAAUUUCGGAAGUCCAGGGAGGUUUUAGAAACGAUCGAAGAUUAAAAGAUCAUGUUUUUGUAGUUAAAAGCAGGGAACAGUGAAUAAAGGAGGAAAAAACACGUAUCUGGCUUUCCUGGACUUCCGAAAGGCAUUUGAUUGGAGAGAUGGACUAUUAAAAGCCAUCUGGAAUGUUGGGAUUAAAUUACGUUUAUGGAGAAUAAUCGAUAAUAUGUAUGCGAAUGUCAAAGGAAAAGUUAAAUUUGGGGCAAUUUAACAAACGAAUUUUGUUUUUUUUUUUGUAACAGGGAGUUAAACAGGGUUGUGUCUUAUCCCCCAUACUCUUUUGUAUAUUCAUCUACGAGUUAGCAAAAAUCCUAAAAACAAAUGAUAUUGGAGUCCAUGUGACAGGGAGCAUUGUUUUGGGCGGAUGACAUAGUCCUAAUGGCUGAGAAAGAACGACAAAUGGACCAAAUGUUGGAAUUAACAGCAAAAUUUGUUGCAGAUUAGAAGAUGGAAUUUACCCAUACUAGUAUAAUGUACUAGUUGUUGGGAAAUGUACAAAGUACUGUAUGGACAUUAGGAGAGCAUUCGAUACGUGAAUGAUAUCAAGAUAUUUAAAUGAUCAUAACCAUGUUCAAUAUGUAGUGCAAAAAUGUUACCGGCUUAUAAGUUAUAUAAAACCCAUAAUAGGCAAUGUUAGAGUGUACUACGGUGACAUUCUUUGGCGAACGAUCGCUCUUCCAUCAAUAAAUUAUGUUAGUUCAAUCUGUAGGAAGUAAAAGUUACUGUGUCAGAAUUGAACGAUUGCAAUUGCAAAUGGCUUCCCGUAAUACCCGUGUUACUUUAUAUGGGGAUCUUGGAUGGGCAAAGAUUUCGUUCAUUCAAAACUAACAUAGAUAGAAUGGAGAUAGAAUUUUAAAGAUUGAAGACAUCGUUGGCCGAAGAUUUUACUGAAAACACUUGUACGAAUGUCAGAGAACCUUAAUGAUUUUUCUUUCAAAAUUCCUUUUUGUAUUCAAAAUAUCGUAAAUAAUUGUGAUACAAAUAAUAUAUUCCUUGGUAUUCGUAAUUGUAAUGAUACUAUUGUAAUGAUAUGCAAUGGGCUUCAAAAACAAAAGGUAUUAUGAUAGAUCAAACUCUCUCUCAGUGGAUUGAUGAAAGAAAAAGUAAACCGUCAAUCAAAAAUUAUAUGAGUAUAAAAAAAAUGAACCCAAGCUUGAAGAAUAUCUUUUCGACGCCAUCGACUUCCAGGAAGCAUCUUUAAAAUUUAAAUACAUUUCCCCUCAAACGUAAACUAUCUAAAUGAUAGUGCUAACGGUAUAUGCAAAAUAUGUAAUAUAAAUGAAGAAGAAACUAUCAUGCACUUUCUUUAAACUUGCCCUGCUCUAGAUAUUGAUAGAAUAAAGGAAUUUGAAAAAUUCAAA